UCGAUGAUUUUCACAGAAGCAAAUUAAUAUGAUUUGUAGGAGUAGCUUAGAAGUAGUAGCCUCGUAAUUCAGGGUUGGUUUUCGCUAUUACGGAGAUUCCGAUCUAGUACUGCAUCAUUUUUUUUAUACCAUUCUUCUGUUCCAGAGAUACGAUUCCAGGAACACCCAAGACGAACACCCUAACAAAUUUCAACCCGCAUCAAGGUAUACUCACGAGUCACGACCAUCUCCUGAGUUUAUGGUAUUGGAGGUUUCUCAUGAUUCGAAUUGAUUUCCUGCUUUGUUAUGCAGUUUCCUGCCUUUAUUCGUAGUAGCAACCUGCAAGAUGAAGCGAUGCAAGUCCAGUGCUGACAGAAUCACCGACCUUCCUGCCCACGUGUUAAAUCACAUCCUCGUGUUCUUACCCAUUAAAGAUGCCGGCAAAACUAGUGUCUUGUCAAGGAAAUGGAGGCGUCGAUGGAGAAGCAUUCCUCAACUUGUUUUUGAUAAAGAGUUUGCCAACAUUCUUGACGAACCUACAUCUGAUAGGAAGGUGAUGAAUAAGCAAGUGAUGCUGAACAUACUCCAGUGCCUGCUUCUUCAUGAUGGGCAUAUAGCCAAGUUUGAGAUUUCAAUACUUGGAUUAGACCCCUGCCAGGAGAGUGGCCUCAUCAUUCUUCACCUUUUUAACAAAGGUGUCCAAGACUUUACCCUAGAGUUUGAUGAGUCAGAGGCUGAGGAAGAGCGCUAUCAGAUGCAUUCUUCCUUGUUUUCUGCACUUCACCUGAAAUCUCUGCAGCUUCAGUCUGUAAAAUUUGCCCCACCAACUUGGUUUGUUGGCUUUAGUAAGCUUACCCAUCUUGAACUGGCAGAGGUUAUUUUGCCUGAUGAUUUCUUCGAGAAUUUCCUGCCUAAGUGCCCGAUGCUGGAACGUUUGAAGCUUGCAUUUUGUAAUGGCCUUGCUGGUGAUCUUGGGAUCGUGGCUCCAUUUCUCAAAUCCUUCAGCUACAUGGGUUUUUUGGAUAUCUACUUCAAGUCUACUCCACUUCUGUCAGAUCUCUCACUUCAUUAUGGCCGCAUACCUGAUAUGGCAUCGGCAUCCUCGCUUGCUUCUCUCUCAAGACUCCAGCGGUUCCAUGUUAACUGUCAAAGCCUGCAAAAACUUGCUGGAAUUGGUACGAACGCGCCCACCAGAUUUCGAACUCUUCUUCACCGGUUAAAUUUCCUCUGCAUCGACGAUGUUAUCUUUGACGGUUCCAAAAGGGAGCGUGCUUUUGUUUGUAUGAUCAUGAGCUCUCCCAACCUGCGCAGCCUCACAGUCGGAGUUGGGGACUGGCAGAGCCAAUUCGGUGUUGAACCUAUAAAUAACAAAGUUAGCAGCUUAUGGAGGUUGUUGGAAGCAGAGGUCUGUCCUGGACCUUCUGAUUGUCUUCAGCAUCUAAGAGAGUUCAGAAUUGAGCAUAGCCAUGGUACACAUGCUGAGUUGGACCUCAUGAGGUUCGUACUAGCCACUGCCCCGCUACUUCGAUCGAUUUAUGUCAGGCCUAGAUGUGGAUUGCGGACGGAGAAGAAUACGAAAUUCAUGAAAGAAGUGCUGCGAUGUAAGCGUGUUUCUAAAGAAGCAGAGAUUACUUAUGACUGGGAUUAUGCGAUGGACUGAGAUCUUUCUGAGCUUUUACUAUUGUUAGUGUAGUUCAGACAAUGACUACGUACACUAUGGCUUAGGAAUGGCAAUGGGCAGGGGCGGGUAUCUCGAUACUCAUACCCGUUCCGUGGCAGUUCGGAUUCAGGUCGGGUAAUUUAUUAUGGGGCGUGGGUCGGGGCAGGUCGACCCAAUGGGUAUCUAAUUUCUGUGAAAAAUAUUAGAAAUAUUCGUUAUUUUCAUUAAAAGGCCAAGAAAGAAACCAUAAUAUAAUGAAAUGUAGUUAAAUUAUUGGAGAAAUUAAGGUUUCUCUUAUUUACAAGUUUAUUAUAGCUAAAAUAUGAGGUGAUAAGAGGAAAGUCCUAAAUAAUUUUACUAAGAUUACAUGUAAUUUAGGCAAGAACGGGUCAAGAAUGGGGCGGGUCGGGGCAGGUCAGGUCGAUGAGAGGUACCCAUGCCCGCCCCAAAACAUGUCAAACAUGCCGGGUAAAACGGGUCUAGUCGAAAUUGACAUCCCUACUAUGGCUAUGGAACGGGAGUAAAAUGUACCGUGUGGUCAAAGUUGAGAUUAUAUUGUAACAUCAUUUUUUUGGGAUUUUUUUCCUAGUUCUUAAAAAAAAAUUCUCAAUAUACCAUAGUCCUUGUAAUAUUUUUCAAUCUACACAUGUUUUCUCAAAAUCGUUUUUAACAAUCACAUUCAUCUGUGCAGAUUAUUGUCAGUGGUUAGCACGUGUCAACAACUUGCUCAUCUUAAUCCAAGUUUAACCUAAGAUGACAUUGUCGUAUAGUCGCAAUCAAGAUCGUAUUCUACUCAGGUCCUGGUAUCCUAGCCUACUUCCCACCGCGUUGUUAUUUAGUCGAUCGGUUUGAAGGUUUGUGUGGAGGAUUUGAGCGAAUUACCUAGUCUAUAGAUUGAUAAAGCUAAAAGCAGGUACUUCGGGGAACUAUCCCUCACCCUAGCCUAGGGCUACUAUGUAGUAUGUAAUGUCUAGAUACUUAGGGUUUAUCGAAUGUGGUGAGUGAGCUCUUUUCCUGGGCUUUCGUGGUUAUCCACACGCCUCCGAGUACGCCUCCCCUAGACCCAUAUAUAGUCACCUCGAUCUAGGGUACCGUAUCUGGGGAAUUAAUCUCGUAGCUCCUUUCAAUGGGUACUACCCAUCGUCCACACCGAGGCUUUAUCCCUGGUACUAUUUUCAUGAUUUAUUUACAAUUCAAAUAAUGUAUUUUUCUGGUAUAUACUAAUGGAUGCCAGCGGAUUUUUGUGAUCCUAGAAUGUAUAUCCAACUCGGCUUGAGGGAUGUGAAGUAUUUAAGCAAGCAAGCAACUCAUCAAUCCCAUACAUUUGGAACAACAACCCGAUAGGCAUGCCCGACCGUCAAAAUCAUGUUUUUAUCAUUAUUUUAAAACGUUGCUAUAUUUUUAUAUCAUUCAAAAACUUACUUCGUACAUUUUUCCCCCCGUAGGAAUCACUUAUUCCCACCAUCCAUAGAAGACCUCACGCUUGCCCCAAUGACAUGCGGGACCCUUGCCCUAUAUAGAAAGGACGAGAUUGGAUAGAGUGAGUAUUCGUAGGGAUGGACAUUGAUAAUGAGUUAGUGACAACUACGUCAGAGAGGUGAGGGCCCGAGACACAUACCUUCCACUUUUAUGAGGGGGAGAGAACUAUCACACUAUGAGAUGUUGUCAUCCCUACCGAGUUGCCGAUCACCAGAAAGGUCAUCAUCGAGAACUCGAGUAGUCCCGAAGGACGUUGGCCACUUGUUCGGGAUAAUUUGGGCUUCAACAUGCCAACGGAGGUAGUGGGGCCAGGUCAUCCGUCAUUGAAAGUGGGACAAAUAUCAAUCUCGUGGCUUGUUAAUCAUAAAAUGGCAGAAGUUGA